AUGCCUGCCCUUACUGUUGAGCCCUUGACACCCCCCGCCGGGUCCUCCAUCGACUUUGGCGCCGUCAUUGCGAACGCCGAUCUGGAGAAUCUAACCGACGACGACUUCACCACAAUCCGCCAAGCCCUGUACACACACCAAGUCCUGGUCUUCAAAAACCAGCACCACCUAACGCCCAAAGCCCAAUACGAACUCACCCGGCGCUUCGACCCGCUCGCAACAACAUACGGGCACGGCAAAACCAUCGACGCAAAGCGCAGCAUCCUGCACCCAGACCUCAAGACCAUCCCGCACCAGCCGCAGGUCCAAGUCAUCGGGCACGGCACCAUCGAGUCCUACGAGGGCCUGCACAACAUCACGCUGAAACACCCGCACCACCGCACGUUCCACCGCGACCCGAUCCCGCUCGAGGACGAUUACGAUUUCACGCGCUUCUACAGGUGGCAUAUUGAUGCGGCGCUGUAUGGGCUCAAUCCGCCGAUGGUGACGACCCUGCUUGCCGUCAGGGUUCCCAGUGGACGGCGGCAGACGCUGCGGUAUGACGAUGGGUCUGGGGAGACGAUGGAGGUGCCGCUGGGCACGACGGCGUUUGUGAGUGGGGAGCGGAUGUAUGAUUUGCUUUCUGGGGAGGAUAGGAAGUUUGCGUUGCGGGCGAGGGUUGAGUAUGCGCCGCAUCCGUACAUCUGGAUGUCGCCUGCGCGCUCCCGCCCUACAGGUCUGGGAAUGUACAGCGAUAACCUGGAACUCCCGCUAUCUGACCUCCCGCCCAUCGACGAGUCCUCUAUCCAGGUGUUGCCCAUGGUCUGGAAGAACCCGGAUACCGGCAAACCAGCGCUGCAGAUCCACCCGUCGGCCGUGCGCAAGAUCCACUGCGCAGAUGGGACGGUCAUUGACGAUCUAGAGCGGGUGCGUGAGAUUGUGUAUGGCCUGCAGCGGCCGGCUAUCAGUCCGCAGUAUGUGUACGCGCAUGACUGGGAAGAGGGGGAUCUGGUGCUGUUCCAUAAUCGGGGAGUGUUGCAUUCUGUUGUGGGGGCGUUUGGGGAGGGGGAGGUCAGGUUGUUUAGGCAGUGUAAUUUGGCGGCGGGGGAGGGGGUCGUGGCGUAUGAGGGGGGGAACUGA